GAGGGUACCUGAGGUCACCUGCUCCGCGCGAGAGGCAGAGGCGGCCACGGCGGUGGCAGAACUGCAGAGCUGCGCGGUCCACCUGACUCUUACCCUCAGCCCGGGAAGUAACCAAUGUGAAACAUGUUGCAGAAACAUUCAAGAAGUGGCUGAAGGGGAAAGGAAAAAAGUGCCACAGCCUAUCAGAAAAAAACAAAAGAAAACAUGGGAAAUACAACCACCAAAUUCCGUAAAGCACUCAUCAAUGGUGAUGAAAACCUGGCCUGCCAAAUUUAUGAAAACAAUCCUCAGCUGAAAGAAUCCCUUGAUCCAAAUACAUCUUAUGGGGAGCCCUACCAGCACAAUACUCCAUUACACUAUGCUGCUAGACAUGGAAUGAAUAGAAUACUAGGGACUUUUCUUUUUGGUAGAGAUGGAAAUCCAAAUAAACGGAAUGUGCACAAUGAAACGUCUAUGCAUUUGUUAUGUAUGGGACCUCAAAUUAUGAUAUCUGAAGGCGCCCUUCAUCCUCGCUUAGCACGGCCCGCAGAAGAUGAUUUCAGAAGAGCAGAUUGUCUGCAGAUGAUCUUAAGGUGGAAAGGAGCAAAACUUGACCAAGGAGAAUAUGAGAGAGCAGCUAUUGAUGCCGUUGAUAACAAAAAAAACACACCCCUGCACUAUGCCGCUGCCUCAGGGAUGAAAACCUGUGUCGAGCUUUUAGUAAAACAUGGAGGAGAUUUAUUUGCCGAGAAUGAAAAUAAAGAUACUCCUUGUGAUUGUGCUGAAAAGCAACACCACAAAGAUUUGGCUCUCAAUCUGGAAUCACAAAUGGUGUUCUCACGAGAUCCCGAAGCUGAAGAAAUAGAAGCUGAAUAUGCUGCAUUAGACAAACGAGAGCCAUAUGAAGGAUUACGGCCUCAGGACCUUCGUAGAUUGAAAGAUAUGCUUAUUGUGGAGACAGCAGACAUGCUUCAGGCUCCACUGUUUACUGCUGAAGCUUUACUUCGAGCUCAUGACUGGGACAGGGAGAAAUUACUGGAAGCUUGGAUGUCCAACCCAGAGAACUGCUGCCAACGAUCAGGUGUUCAGAUGCCAACUCCACCACCAAGUGGAUAUAAUGCCUGGGACACACUCCCUUCCCCAAGAACUCCAAGGACUACACGUUCUUCUGUCACCUCUCCAGAUGAAAUAAGUUUGUCUCCUGGAGAUUUGGACACCAGUUUGUGUGACAUUUGUAUGUGCAGUAUUUCUGUAUUUGAAGACCCAGUGGAUAUGCCCUGUGGACAUGACUUUUGUAGAGGUUGUUGGGAGUCGUUUUUGAAUCUGAAAAUUCAGGAGGGUGAAGCUCACAACAUUUUCUGUCCUGCAUAUGAUUGCUUCCAACUUGUGCCUGUGGAUAUCAUAGAAAGUGUAGUUUCUAAGGAGAUGGACAAGCGAUAUCUACAGUUUGAUAUUAAGGCCUUCGUUGAAAAUAAUCCUGCCAUUAAAUGGUGUCCUACUCCAGGUUGUGAAAGAGCAGUCAGACUUACAAAACAAGGGUCAAAUACAUCUGGGUCUGAUACACUCAGCUUUCCCUUGCUCAGAGCUCCUGCUGUGGACUGUGGAAAAGGACACCUCUUUUGCUGGGAGUGCCUUGGUGAAGCACAUGAGCCUUGUGACUGCCAAACAUGGAAAAAUUGGCUACAAAAAAUAACUGAAAUGAAACCAGAAGAACUUGUAGGAGUUAGUGAAGCUUAUGAGGAUGCUGCCAAUUGUCUCUGGCUGUUGACUAACUCUAAGCCUUGUGCUAACUGUAAGUCUCCGAUACAGAAGAAUGAGGGAUGCAAUCACAUGCAGUGUGCUAAGUGCAAGUAUGACUUUUGCUGGAUUUGCCUAGAAGAAUGGAAAAAGCAUAGUUCUUCCACAGGAGGUUAUUACAGAUGUACUCGCUAUGAAGUCAUUCAGCAUGUGGAGGAGCAAUCCAAGGAAAUGACUGUGGAGGCUGAGAAAAAACACAAACGAUUUCAGGAACUUGACAGAUUUAUGCACUAUUACACAAGAUUUAAAAACCAUGAGCAUAGCUAUCAGUUAGAACAACGCCUUCUUAAAACAGCCAAAGAAAAGAUGGAGCAAUUGAGUAGAGCUCUCAAAGAAACUGAAGGAGGCUGUCCAGAUACCACUUUCAUUGAAGAUGCAGUUCAUGUGCUCUUAAAAACUCGACGCAUUCUCAAGUGUUCUUAUCCAUAUGGAUUUUUCUUAGAACCUAAAAGCACAAAGAAAGAAAUUUUUGAACUCAUGCAAACAGACCUAGAAAUGGUCACCGAAGACCUUGCCCAAAAAGUCAAUAGGCCUUACCUUCGCACACCCCGCCACAAAAUCAUCAAGGCAGCAUGCCUUGUACAGCAGAAGAGACAAGAAUUCCUGGCAUCUGUGGCUCGGGGAGUUGCUCCUGCAGACUCACCAGAAGCUCCGAGGCGCAGCUUUGCUGGUGGAACAUGGGAUUGGGAAUAUUUAGGAUUUGCAUCACCUGAGGAAUAUGCUGAAUUUCAGUACCGGAGGAGGCACAGACAGCAGCGCCGUCGAGGAGAUGUACACAGUCUGCUCAGUAGCCCUCCUGACCCUGAGGAGCCGAGUGAGAGCACUUUAGACAUCCCGGAUGGUGGCAGUGGCCGCAGGCCUGGUGCCUCGGUGGUGAGCUCCGCGUCUAUGAGUGUGCUGCACAGCUCUUCCCUACGCGACUACACCCCUGCCAGUCGCUCUGAAAACCAGGACUCUCUUCAGGCUCUGAGUUCCUUGGAUGAAGAUGAUCCCAAUAUACUUCUUGCAAUACAGUUAUCACUGCAAGAAUCCGGGCUGGCCAUUGAUGAGGAAAAUAGAGACCUCCUCAGUAAUGAGGCAUCCUUAGGAGCUAUAGGCACCUCUUUACCUUCCAGGCUAGACUCGGUCCCCAGGAACACAGAUAGCCCUCGGGCAGCAUUGAGCAGCUCUGAGCUGUUGGAACUUGGUGACAGCCUCAUGAGAUUAGGAACAGAAAGUGACCCAUUUUCAACUGACACUCUGAGUUCACACCCUCUCAGUGAGGCAAGAAGUGAAUUCUAUCCCUCAUCCAGUGACCCCGACUCAGCUGGCCAGGACGCCAACAUCAAUGACAAUCUCCUUGGCAAUAUCAUGGCUUGGUUUCAUGACAUGAACCCUCAGAGUAUUGCCCUGAUUCCUCCAGCAGCUACAGAAAUCAGUGCAGAUUCUCAGCUUCCCUGUGUCAAAGAUGAGUCAGAAGGUGUAAGGGAUAUGGAACUCUUGCCACCAGAAGAAGAUUCAGUGUUUGAAGAUGCUGUGGUCAGUGAAGGUAGAGGAACCCAAAUAGAAGAAGCAAAUCCUUUGGAAGAAAAUACUCUGGCUGGGGAGGCCACAUCUGUAGCUGGCAGUAGUGCUAAUGAGGCAGCCAACAAGGGGGAUGGUUCAGAUAUUUCAAGUCAAACACCUCAAACCUCCAGUGACUGGCUUGAACAAGUCCAUUUAGUGUGAACUGCAGACCUCUGGGCUCUAAAUGAGUCACAGGUACAGAUGGGAUUCUAGUGGAGGAUGCUUUAUAGAGACUUGACCAACUCAGUUCCAACUCCAUUUUAAACCACUGACAUUAGGGUUGACUAUGAAGGAGUUCCCUUGAACGGUAGCUUCGUGUCUGAUUUUAACCUUACGGGGAGUUUCUUGUGUAUUUAAUGGGAUAGCUUUUCCCUUUUGUACUGACAAAAAAGAAGAGUAAGAGAAACACAAAUGGAAUGAGUAGGCUAGAUUCCACAUUCUGAGAAAGUGCAGUCCUCUCUUUAGCCUAAGGUUGGCAAUACUUAAAUUGAACGUUUAAAUUAAAGGCUUACUCCCUAAGCCUUGGGUGGUUUUUCCUCUUUUAAAGAAAAAAGUUUUCUUCAUUUUAGAAGUUAUUUUGGACAGAUCUAAUAACAUUCGUUCCUCGGUCUGUUUGUGCUCUUCCAUCACCUUCUUCCUUUCUGUGUGAGCAGUAUGAACUGAGGUAUCCAAGGCUUCUCCUUAGUGCUACAUCUACCACAGUGUAGUUUCAUAUUCACAUGAAUCAAAGAUUUCUUGUCAUGUCUAUUACAGUCCACUUGUGCCAAACUGACUCAUGCGCUGACUAACAAGGCGUGUAGGCGUGCAGUGUCCUGGAGGGCUCCAGAGGAAUCUCGGCCUUCCCGGGAGUUAAAGGUGCCACUUGGUAGCAGUGAUAUUCCAGAAUUGAAUGGGCUUUUGUUGCCAUGGAGACUGCAUUUAAAUAAAUGUAGCCUGUAGCUUAAGUUAACUAAACCUAAUGCUGCUGUUAAAAACAGUUUAUUUUAAUAUUAAAAUACAGUUGAUUAGCAACAGCGGUGCUGUAUUUUAAGAGACACUUUAUUGGAAGUGCAAUCAUAGUUCUUUGUUUUCACACUUUUACAGUGCAUUCUAAUUACUAAUGGGUGCAAUUACUUUUAAUGGUAAGUGUUUUAUAAAAUAGAAAAAACCGUGGAGUUUUCAUGAGUUAUAGUAAAUCCCACAAUUAUUAAAAAAUUCAAUAAAACAUCCUGCGCAACAUGUUACCGUGCCUUUGCCUAACUAAAUGGAUAGUUGCCAGUUAAAUAAGUGAGUAAUUCAAAUUUCAGUGUCUCUUCUGAAGUAACUAUGCUAUGAAUUGCAAAGACCUCCAUAAAACCACCCAUGGCCUUGCCUUUACAGUAAAUAUAACAACUAAAUGUUCAAACAGUUUGUUUGCCUAAUAGCAAAUGCUGAUGUGUUUGUUCUAUUGCACAAUACUCAUUUGCUGUGUGAUUACUGUUUAGUGUUGAAAAAAAUCAACUUCCUAGUUAUCAGUGUCUUACUGUGAAGAAAAUACUGGUCAUAGUUGUAAUUAAGAUACAAUGGUACAGUGUGUAAUUAAAACUAGAGUAAACUGUUGGAAUGGCUGUUUUACUUAUGUAUUAUCAAAACUAGCAUAAGACAAACAAAAUAGAUAUGCAACACUCCGUUUAAUGUUUUGCCAGAUUCUUACCAGAAAUCUACGGAUACCAAAUUUUCGGUACUGAGCGUGUACAGGCAAGUCCUGGGCUGGGUAGAAGGUUAUAUUAUUAUUGAUAUCCAUGUGAGUUGUGAUUACGGUUUUUGAUUAAUUUUUUUUUCCUCUAGAACCUGCUUUUGAAAUUCUUGUCCUUCGAUUCAUAUGGCUAGAACAUUAUAUUAGAAUACUUAAUAUUCCCCAGGUUCCCUUGGAAUAAAUUAUGUGUGAAUUGCUCCUAUGCCAUGGAUAUCAAAGGUCCACAUUAGCUUUUAUUUCCCCAGUUAGCAGAAACAUUGAUAUCAAUCCCCAUUAAACUAUUGGGGGAAAUACUAACUUUGUCUACAGUGUAUUACUGUAUAUUAAACUGAAACAGUCCAUUAAAGGAUUUUUUUACAAAUUUAUUUUGGAUUAAAAAUAAUCGACACCAAUCAGUUUUUAGACCAAGUUGUAAUUUUUCAAUAGGAAGAGUCUUUGUAUCACAUCGAAACGUCUUGCAAAGCUGCAAUAAGGUGAGAAAGAGUGGUCUGUGUGGAGACCUGUGGAGACAGUGUAUGUGAUGGGUUCCAGCUCCUUGCACCUUGUGCAGCACCCUUCGUUUCUGUGCUGUUAUCUCCUGAGCAUGAAAAAUGAUCAUUAUUCAAUUUGUAUUUCCUUGGUACAUAUUUUAAAAACAACACAGUCAUUGACUUUACAAUUCAGAAAUAAAGUUUGGCAAAGCCUAUUUUGUAAACAAGUUAAUUUUAUAAUGUUAAAAAAAAAAUACUCUAACCUUGACUUGUUAUUUGCACUUUCAUAGUCUAUACUUGAUACAUUCCCACUUUAUAUACAGUAGGAUUCUACAAACGUGUAGAUGUUUGGCCAAAUGAAUGCUGUUAAUAAUAUGUAAAAUUCUUUGAUUAAACAUUUAUUACUUAAACCAC